GGUGGGGUUAAGGGAUGGUUCCUGGUGUGUCACCAUUGCUACCUCUUGGAAAUGGAAGGGCAGGCUGGUUAGAUAUUAAGACCAGAUUCCAGAGUGGGUAGAAAAUUCCAUCUGUGCCCCUUUUUUUGUCCCCAACAGGCUCCUGGGUGGAAUUGCACUUUAGCAAUAAUGGGAACGGGAGCAGCGUUCCAGCCUCGGUUUCUAUUUAUAAUGGUGACAUGGAAAAAAUACUGCUGGACGCACAGCAUGAGUCUGGACGGAGUAGCUCCAAGAGUUCUCACUGUGACAGCCCACCUCGCUCACAGACACCACAAGAUACUAACAGAGCUUCUGAAACAGAUACCCAUAGCAUUGGAGAGAAAAACAGCUCACAGUCUGAGGAAGAUGAUAUUGAGAGAAGGAAAGAAGUGGAAAGCAUCUUGAAGAAAAACUCAGACUGGAUAUGGGAUUGGUCAAGUCGGCCGGAAAAUAUUCCUCCCAAGGAGUUCCUCUUUAAACACCCGAAGCGCACGGCCACCCUCAGCAUGAGGAACACGAGCGUCAUGAAGAAAGGGGGCAUAUUCUCUGCGGAAUUUCUGAAGGUUUUCCUUCCGUCUCUGCUGCUCUCUCAUUUGCUGGCCAUCGGAUUGGGGAUCUAUAUUGGAAGGCGCCUGACAACCUCCACCAGCACCUUUUGAUGAAGAACUGGAGUCUGACUUGGUUCGUUAGUGGGAUUACUUCUGAGCUUGCAAGGCAGCUCACUGAAGAGCCGUUAGAUCCUGGGGUGGCCGCGUCACUUGUGUUUAUUUGUUCUGUAAAUGCUGUGUUCCUAAUUUAGUAAAACAAAACGACAGACACUAAAAUCAUGUUGAUCUAUAAUUAUACCUAUGAGAUCAAUUAAUAAGCAUGUCAGACUGAUAUCUAUUGUAAAAAUUUGGUAGUGAAUUUUCAUUGGAUAUUAGAUAUAAAUAUCUGAAUAUAAAUAAUUUUAAUAUCCUAGUCAUGAUGUAUGUUGUAUUUUAAAAAUUAUCUGCAACCUUAGUUCAGUUGAAGUACUUUAUAUUUCAAAAGAAUGAAUAACAUUGAUAAUAAAAUCGCUACUUUAAGGGGUUUGUCCAAAAUAAAUAUUGUGGCCUUAUAUAUCACACUAUUGUAGAAAGUAUUAUUUAAUUUAAAUGGAUGCAGGUUGUCUACUAAAGAUUAUACAUAACUAUACUAAUUGUUCAUAAUCAACAGAAACCAAGAUAGAGCUAUAAACAGCUGUACAGUUCAUACACUAAACUCUUCUUGCUUUUGCAGUAUAAGGAAUUAAGACUCCGAUCAUUAGGUAAUCACCUUGGAUGAUCAGUUUUCUGCUGAAGGCACCUGCUCAGUGUCUUUUCCUCUGUCACUCUGCAUUGGUGAAUUUAAUCCUCUCCUUUGUGCCCAACUUGUGUGUGCUUUUAAAAUCAGCUUUAUUCUAAGCAAUUCUGUGUCUACUUUAAAAGACUGGAAAUGGGAAAAAAAUAAAUAAAUCUUUGCUAAAUCCUUCAGA